CGUUAAUUAAACCGCAAGGGACGUCACUCUCACACGUUAAAAUGGCAGAAAAAAAGUGUCAAUGCAGACACCGAAAUAUUUCCCUUUCCAGGAAAAGUUCGGUCGACUGUGUGGGCUUAUUUUGGCUUCAAAAAAACAAAACAAGGACCACCUAUUAAAGAAAACCUCAACAUGCAAUCUGUUACUUGCAAACUCUGCCGAAAAUCAUAUGUGAACAACGGUAUGUUUUCGUACCCAAACUUUUCGAACCCUUCGUAAUUCGUAUGGACUUUGUGAAUUAUUAAACAAUGAUCCCGAUGUACCUCUCUAUGUCUGUCAAUUUUUCAACCUUAUUUUGAAAUAGUCUUGAACUGUCUUGUUUUAUAUUUAUCUUAUCAAGCCAACGAGAUUGAGAUUAAAUUAAUCAAUUUUAUACUUACAGAAAUUUAUAGUUAAAAGUAAAAAUGCAUUCCCUAAAUACAUUAAAUGUAUUCACCAUGAUCACUUGACACUUGUUAUUGGUUUAAUUUACUUAUCAAGAAAAGUAUUUACAAGUACAAUUUUAGUAAACAUCCCUAGUCCCAAGUAAUGAUAAAAGCAUAGUAAAUUUUUGUUUUAUGAAAUUAUCUGAAAUGUAUUGCCUAAGUGGAACCUAUAAUAAGAGUAUAAUUAUAGAAACUUUGAAAAUGGACUUUAUUAACUGUGAAGACCACAUACAGCAUGAUGAAAGCUGGACCCUGUAUAGCUCCUUACACAACAAAGCGGUUUGCCUGGGCUGUAUAGUAGAAACAAUUGAGAAAAGAGAGUUGCUGCCCCUGCAGAGAAAACCAGCCCUUUCAGAGUUUCUUAGAAUAUUGACACAGCAGUCUGCAGAGUUGUUGCAGCUUUUCAUGAAAGAACAGAGAAUUGUCUGGCAUAUUGUUACAAUAAUACUAGAAAGUCUGAGCCUUGAAGAAGACUCGUAUUUAGCUCUCCUUGUAAAUGUCCUUUUGAAGAUGGUGCAGCUUAUUGGCUCUGAAGAUCUUGUUACAGCAAUACUUGAUGCAGUUGUUAAACAGGUGGAGACAACUAUAGAUCAUAAUCAAUUACAACCACAUUAUACACUUCUUGGGAAAAUGCUGUAUCAGUUACCAGCCCUAGCGGAUACACUCCUGAAACACUAUGGUAGGUACCGUAUUUUCCCGUAUUAA